UCCCAUCACCUCAAAAACUCCUUCAAGUUUCAGGAAUACACACUUCACUCUUCAUUCUUCUUCCUUUGGUCUCAUUUUUUUAACCAUUUAGUGAUCAUGGGUGUUCUAUCUUAUGAAUCUGAGUUCACCUCCUCUAUCCCUCCAGCUAGGCUUUUUAAGGCCUUUGUCCUUGAUGCAGACAACCUCUUUCCAAAGCUUGCUCCCAAUGCAGUUAAGUCUGUUGAAAUCAUUGAAGGAGAUGGAGGAGCUGGAACCAUCAAGAAGAUCACAUUCGGCGAGGGCAGCCACUUCAACUAUUCAAAGCAAAAGAUUGAAGUAGUUGACAAAGACAACUUUGUCUACGCCUACAGUUUGAUUGAAGGAGAUGCCUUGACAGACAAACUUGAGAAAAUCUCUUAUGAGAACAAGUUUGUCGCAGCUGAUGGAGGAUCCAUCAUCAAGAGUGUCAGCAAAUACCACACCAAGACCGACGACCAUGAAAUCACUGAAGACAAGAUCAAAGCAGGGAAAGAAAAGGCUGCUCAUCUCUUCAAGGUUGUUGAGAAGUACCUCCAAGAGAAUCCUGAUGCCUACAACUAAAACAGUUUCACCAAUGUUACCUAUAUAUGUUGCUCAUUGAAGUGUGGUUUCUUACAGUUAUUCCCAACAAUAUCUGGCUUGUGAUUUUCUUUUCUUUUUUUUUUUUUUUCUCAGAAUGUUAAAGUGUGAACAUUUGUAUUUCUUUAAUUAUAAUCAAAUAAAAAUAUUUUUUGUGUGAUCAUCAAA